AUGGGUGGAUCGUCAUCCCCUCCAUUCUUGUAUGAUCCCGUCUCGCAAUGGUCUUUUAACGAUUAUCAUAGAGGAAAGCCCUUCAACCCCAAAGCAGUUACUCAAGCGAGCAGAGCCCCUCGGCCUCAGAGGGCCCCUCAGGAGGGUCCGCUGGUGAGUUUCAAUCGCCAUCCCGACUCGUGGGUUGUCCCACGCCAAAACAAGCCUAUACAUCCUAUGAGCCGUCAUACCAAAGCUCGGGUGACGCACACAAGAAGAGUCCAACUUCUUCUCCGAAUCUUGUCUGUACUCGGAGCAAUUGGUAUUCUGUUCUGUGUCAUUUGCAUUAGCCAUACAGAUGUCGCUUUAGGAUGGAUAAUUCGCGUUGCACCAAGCGUUGCUAUUCUGCAUAACAUCUAUGCCAUCUAUCAUCUUGCUCGGUCUGCCGCUAGCCGACCUGCAGGAUCUUCCACCAGUUACCAUCUGUUUGCAUCCAUUAUGGAUGCUGGUUUAGUUCCCUUUUACGCUUUUACUAGCUUUGUCUCGUACAAGUCAUUUCACGAUGGUUACUACAACUGGCAGACUCUUUUCAAUGAUGCAAACAUUCAACACUACAUUGUCAAAUCACUGUUUUAUGCUAGUGCAGGCGUCGGUGGUUUGCAUCUCAUAUCACUUAUGAUUUCCGUCUACUUGGCUAUUGUUUUCAGACAGAUCACAAAACUACCACCUGACAUGAACCCUCUAGAGGACAAUUUGACCGCUCGCCCGUCAUCGAGGCGAAGCAAGGCCACCAAAUCUGAUCUCACAGAGAAGAAGCACAUGAGCACGAGUACAGUGGAUUCGGCAUAUUUCAGUGUCAAGUCGCAUCUAGAUGAUGUCCCAAACGAAAUCCCACAGCCUAUCCCAUUCAUGCACACAAGACAGCAAUCAUCUACCUCGUUAACAUACCAAAAGAGAGUAUCUCGCACUUCUGUUCUUCCACAUCAACAAUCAGGACAAGCUCGUCACAAUGGAGACAGUCAACCAUGUCGUGCAGCGGCUCGAGGACCGCAAGAGAGCGUGUCCCGGCCCAGAUCAAUACUUGAAGAUGCACCAGUACUUCGUCCAACAUCCAGUGGUUAUAACCCCAAUAGCAUUCGAUGGAGCAGUCCAGUGCCAUCAGAAGCGUCAGCCAACUGGAUAGCCUACGAAUCACCAACAGAUGACGACGAUAUUGUUCAUGAAUCUAAACUACCUAGCAGAUCUAAGAAUGGCACACCGUUCCCAGUGGCGAACGACUGGCUGGGCCCUGUGCCGAAAUUCGGCCGUGUUGAAAGUGGUAUAUCACAGGACGAAGCUCGCGGCGAAUAUGCCGCUUUGGACACAAAUGAGGAUUACGACAACGACGCGCACUAUGAUACUAAUAAGGAGAAUCUUGAGGAAGACAUCACCGAGUAUCUCAAUAGAGCCCUUGAUCCUUUAAGAAUGAACCCUCCAACCCCUGCGCCCAAAGAGGAGCCAGGUAAUACUAAAACAGGAAGCAGACAGUCAAGUCUUCGACGCGCUGUGCUGGGCGAUAUUUCAGAUGUCUCGGCCGUUCGAAACAGCAACAAUGUGACCGACUCCGCUAUUGCAGAAAACGCAGACUCUCCUCCUUCAAAGCCAUCCAAGUUACGGACUUUUGGUAGUCUAAGGCUCUGGGGAAGCAAAUCCAACAAGCCUACUUACGCAUCUGUAAAAGAGGAUGAGGCUCUAUCCAGCGACAAUGAAAGCGACAACGAGCCAAAUCAACCAGCGAAAUUGAGAACACCAAAGCGACGAACCACUCUAACAAAAUUGAAUACCGAGGAUGCCGACCGAAAGGGACGAAUUGUCAGUAACUCCGGCAUUGACCUGGGCACCUCAUUCCACACGGGCAUGGACUCGGAACAAUACAGCGAUUACAUAUCUGCGCUAGGAGUCGGUCGCAGACGUGAUGUCAGUGGGAAAAUCGCUGAGGAAGGUCGUGGUGGAUUAGUGGAAGUUAAGGAAACACCUGAGAUUCCAAAGACGCCGGAGAAGAAGCAGAAUACCCCUCGAGCUGCGGGUUGGGCUCGUUUUGCUGGGUUGUGA